AUGUCUGAAGGUAGCGUUAAGAGUUUCAAAAUUUUAGGAGUCUCCAAAUGGCUUGUGGAGACCUUGAAUGCCAUGAAAAUUAGUCAACCGACGACUAUUCAAAGUGCAUGUAUACCGGAGAUUUUGAAAGGAAGGGAUUGUAUUGGUGGUGCUAAGACUGGUUCCGGUAAAACCAUUGCAUUUGGUGCACCUAUGUUGACCAAAUGGUCGGAGGAUCCCUGUGGUAUGUUCGGAGUAGUGUUGACACCAACCAGAGAACUGGCUAUGCAAAUUGCGGAGCAAUUUACAGCUUUGGGAAGCAAUAUGAAUAUUAGGGUGAGUAUCAUUGUAGGUGGUGAAGAUAUUGUUAAACAGGGAUUAGAAUUACAGAGGAAACCGCACUUUAUAAUUGCCACCCCGGGUAGAUUAGCACAUCACAUUUUGAACAGUGGUGAUGAUACUGUAGGUGGUUUGAUCAGAACAAAAUUUUUAGUUCUUGAUGAGGCUGAUAGUCUUUUAACCGGUACGUUCGCAAAGGAUUUGGCUAUAUGCAUUGGAGCAUUGCCCCCCAAGAAUAAAAGACAGACGCUUUUGUUUACCGCCACCGUCACAGAUCAAGUGAGGGCCCUAGAGAAUGCGCCCUCUGAAGGGAAACCUCCACUAUUUACUUAUGAAGUCGCUAGUAUGGAUAAAGUGGCAAUUCCUUCGUCUUUGAAGACUGAAUACAUCCUAGUACCGGAAUAUGUCAAAGAAGCUUAUUUGUAUCAAUUGCUCACCUGCGAGGAUUAUAAGGAUUCGACCGCCAUGGUAUUUGUAAAUAGAACUAUGGCAGCUGAAAUUCUGCGAAGGACCCUAUAUGCUAUGGGAGUGAGAGUAACUUCAUUACACUCACAAAUGCCACAACAAGAGAGAACGAAUUCUUUGCACAGGUUCCGUGCCAAUGCAGCUCGUGUUCUUAUUGCUACUGACGUUGCAUCAAGAGGUCUUGAUAUUCCAACGGUUCAGUUAGUGGUUAACUACGACAUCCCAUCGGACCCAGAUGUUUUCAUCCACAGGUCUGGUCGUACCGCUCGUGCUGGUAGAAGGGGUGAUGCUAUCUCAUUCAUAACACAAAGAGAUAUUUCUAGAAUCCAGGCUAUUGAAGAACGUAUAAAUAAAAAGAUGGGAGAGUGUGAUAAGGUUCACGAUACCGCGGUUAUCAGGAAAAGUCUAAACAGUGUUACAAAGGCCAAGAGAGAAUCUUUAAUGGCUAUGGAGAAAGAAAAUUUUGGUGAAAAGAAAAUCCAACGUAAGAAGAAAAACCAAAAGGGAUUUAGGAGCACAGAUUGA